CUCUCUUAAUUUACCCCUCAAAAACUUGGCUACGUACAAAUUCACUCCCAUGGAAACCACGAUGUACAACAGCACGGGCACGGGCACGAUGGACAUGAGCAGCAAGAUGAUGCACAUGACAUUCUUCUGGGGCAGCCACGUGGACAUCCUCUUCUCCGGCUGGCCGGGGGACCAUGGUGUCGGCAUGUACCUCCUCGCUCUCCUGCUCGUCUUCCUCGCUUCCUUCCUCGUCGAGUGCUGCUCCUACGCUCCCGUCGCUCGUCCACGGCAAGGAAUAUUUCACAGGGGGCUGACGUCGACGGUGCUGGUAGUUUUGAGGACCGGGCUCUCUUAUCUGGUGAUGCUCGCCGUCAUGUCAUUUAACGUUGGGGUGCUUAUUGUAGCGAUCGCUGGACAUGGUGUCGGGUUUCUCGUGUUCGGCAGCGGUUUUGUGCCAAAAUUGUCGCCGGUGAAUGUUGGGGUCCAGCCUGGUGAUCAGCAGACGGCGGUUCCUCCGAUGAAAUGUUAAAAUAGACAUCGUGGGUUAUGUCGUGGAUGUUUAUUACUACAUGUUAAUGUCGGAUCAUGAUUUAUACGUGAAUGUGUUUGAUCAUUAAUUCCUUUUUUCCCAUGCAUGUAUCGUAUUUUCAUUACUACCGAAUUUAGAUA